CUGCGGUCCUGAAAAUCUCUCCAAGAAAAGCAUGCGCAUAUGGAGGGGAUAGACCACACGUUUCAAGUUUCUUCGUAUAAAGAGUGUAUUUUUUACAUAAUUUCUUACAAUUCAUCUAAAGACAAGUUAAAACACAAUGGCGGACUCAAGUCUUGACGACUUUUUUGCGAAGAAAGACAAAGGUAAAAAGAAAAACAAGUCAAAAACAACACCAAGUGAUAUCCUGUCGAAGCAUGACAAUUUCGUACCCGAAGAUAACACCGGCAGCCAAACCACAAAAUCGAAGAAGAAAAAGAAAGAUAAAGAGAAUGCUGCCACGUCGAAUUCCGACUCAACAAAUACCGGAAAUGUCAGAUUAAAUAAGGAAGAUGAAGAAUGGGUGGACUAUGAGGAUGAGGCUGAGAAAGAUUACUCAGGAUUAAGGAUACAAAACCUGCAAAUUAAAAAUAAAGAAGAAGAGGUAGAGGAAGAUGAUAAAGACAAUGAAAAUGAUGAAGAUGGAGAAAGUGGUGAGAAACGUGACACGUCUGGUCCAUGGAAUACAUCCCAAUCAGGCAAGCCUCGAGCGGAGGUUAAGAAGAAAAAAAAAAAAGUAGAAGUAGAGGAAGCUCCCCCUACACCAGCUGAGGAGCCAUCCAAGGAAGAGGCUCCCAAGGCUCCUACCAAGUAUGUGCCUCCCGGGGCCCGCGGGUCUCAAGGUUCAGGGGACUCUGACUGCCCCAGCAGGGCCGCUAUGAUGAGAAGGAAGAAAGGAGCGCCAAACCUGAAGAGUGAAGACGACUUCCCAACUCUUGGGGGCGGUGCACCAGAGGUGGCAGCCUGGGGGCCAUCAGGGGUUGGCAAUUUUGAGCGUGUCCAAGGGGGCGGCAAACAAAUGGAUGAUUCUUCAAAAGCAAAUAUGCAGGUGUCCCUAGGGAACAAAUAUGCUGCUCUACAAGACUGACACUAUUUAUAUAUUUGUAGAUAACGGGAAGCAGCUUUGUUAGGCUGCAUUAUGGCACAACUGAUUGUCAUGUACAACCGAUUGUCAUGGCAACAUAGCUGGUUCAUUGUCAUGGCAACAAGAGCUGGUUUGUUGUCACAGCAACACAGCUGAUUCUUUGUGAUGAUGUCACGGUUGGUUCACUGUCAUGAAAUGACAGUUGGUUCACUGUCAUGAUAUGACAGUUGGUUCACUGUCAUGAUGGUACAUUUCCAUGGUGAUGUCUCUUGUCAUCGUCGCAUUGAAACAGCUGGUUCAUUAUCAGAGUGUCACAGUUGUUGACCAUGCCACUGGUCAGUGGUUCUAUUGGAGGUUCAUGAUUGCACUGCUAGUAAACAUGUUCUUAAAAAUCAGGGCUUUCAUAAGACCUUUGAGUGUUUCUGACUCCCCAAAAGGAGCUCUGAUUCUAAGGAUUUGAAGAAAACAUCUAUAUGAAAUGUAUUUUGACUCUUUAAAUUUCAGGAAAAACAUUGUUUGAUUUCUGAAAUUGCAGAAUGUCCAGAGUCAACUGAAAGCCCUGACUAAUAAUAAUAGACAUGCUUCUUAUCGUAUAUAGAGAAAAUGUCUGGUCAUACACAGAAACCUGAGUGCUUAACUGGUUCGAAUGAUGCCAAGUAUUGAAUGAUAACAUACAUUGUAUUGUUGUUAUAUGUUUUGCAUGCGAAAAAACAAAAACAACUCUUAGAGUUGGAUACUGAUUAAUUAAGACAUGUUUUUUGCUGUAAAUAGAUAUUUUCCACCACAAAUAUUAACAGUAGUUCUAAAAGAAAGAUCGAUACGUAUAUUUUCUAUAGACAGUUUUGCGAGUAAUUUUGUCUUUUACUGAUACUUUGAGGGAUAGCUUGUGUAACUCUGCCAUCUAUUGAAGGGAGGUUCUACGUGUUUUAGAAAGCAUAAGAGACAGAAAUAAGUUAAUGUUGUUAAUAACGGGAAAAAUAGGGUAAUAUUUUGUUCCGAUAAUGUACUUGUUUUCUGAAUGUAUUAUGUAUCCAUUUUUCAUAAAAAAAGAAGAGUUUUUGAGACCAAGGAUAAAAUCCACAGGUACAAUAAGAGCAGUCGUUGUGUCAGUGAAACCGCUGACAUUUCAGAUUCUGGUACUGAAAGUACAGACAUUCCCUGCAGAAGGACACCAGCGUUUUCAGCAGUACUUCCCAUGAUGCUUGUACUGAUUUAUACAAAUGGGUAGAAGGGAACAGUUGAGGGUAAAUACAGCUUGAUAGAGGACAAAAAACAUGCUAGUUGUGACUCAACCUCUAUUUUUUUGUGAGGAGUAGUGUAGCCAUUCAGUUUCUGAACAUGCUGAUUGAUUUUUGAUUUAAAUGUAUAUUUGUGAUAAACAAAAUGGACUCUCUACAAGAUGUGAUGAGAAUGGGGAAUAUUUAGCACAGGUAUUUCAAACACAACAGGUUUAAUAAAUUUAUUGGUAUGUGAUGCUUGUCAUGGUUAUAGAUAACUUUAUUUUUGAUUGAUUAUGACUGAAGUGUCUUGUGAUGACAGACUGAGAGCUGAUGAUGUGCUUAUUAAAUACCUUAUAUCAUUAGCUUUUUAAUUUUCAAUUAUUCAUACCCUACCCGUUGUUCUUGAUGUCUAAUGUUAAGGAAUAUGCUACCACACUGUAACUUUAUCUCCAUUCUAGAAGAGUUCCUCACUUUUAAGAGAUGUAAUUUGCCUUUUGUUAACUAGGACAAGGUCAAAUGAUUGGUGACACAUUUGAAAUGUACACAUGAAUUGAUGACACAUUUGAAAUGCACACAUGAAUUGAUGACACAUUCGAAAUGUACACAUGAAUUGAUGACACAUUUGUUAUGUACACAUGAAUUGAUGACACAUUUGAUAUGUACAGAUGAAUUGAUCACUCAUUCAAAGUGCUUGAUCCUUCUCCGUGUUGGAAUGUUUGUGAGGUCCUUUUUUUACUGUACAUCAAACAUCCAGACAUCUAUUUGACUUGGAUUUGAUUCUGGAAAGUGUUUUAUCAGUUCAUCUUCUGAAUUAAAUAUCUGUUUUGUUUAUUGACAAUGGAGUGAAUGUUGCAAUAUUUUAUUGAAAUGAAAUAUGUUAUUGCUGAUCUGUACGCAAAAGAUCAGUGAGGGAUCUAGAUUUGAGGAGGGAGGGGGGAAAGACAAAAGACUUUUCAUGGCAUUUUCAUAAUCUGGUUUUAAAGUGCACUUGGGAGAAAAUGUGGAAAAAAUAUUACCGAUUUUGUCCCAUUGGAUUCGGAGUGUAUGUGUUUCAGACCGAAUGUUAUACACAUGUAUCAAGCUUUAUCACAUGACUGUGUGAUCCACAUGAGUCUGCACCAGAUGUGUCAUCCGUACACAGUUUGUUUUUGCUAAAUAUGAGCCCAUGGUUGUUUCUUUACAUCUCUAAAAAAAGGAUAUCACUAGGGUAUUAAUGGGAAAGAGUGGCAAUUUCAAAUAUAUCAUAAUUUUGGGACGCUUUUUCAAAAUCAGUAAAUAUGCUGUUCCUUAACCUCGUCCCAAUCUCCAUCACUAGUACAAUGUAUACAGUUGCUAGAUCCAGGAUUUUAUUAUGUGUGGACAGAUACAGCUUGGUGGAUUCUGUGAAGUAAUGUAGAAAAUGUUUACAAGAAUAUAUAUGUUUAUGACAAGCAUACCUCCGAUAUCUCGAGCCUUCAGGUGUGUCAACAUGUGCUUAUCUGACCUCUUAGAUUUUAUUGUUCAUGUAGUUCUAUUCUAAUUUUCUAAACCUGUCCAAUCCUUAUCAUCAUGUUCACUUCGGACAGGACUAUAUUUAGAUCGUGCUGCUGUUUUUGUUAGGAGAUUAUUUCUUUAUUAGAUUGCCAUUUGUCACCUUGGGUUUUCGUAAAAUGAAAUAUUCAUUUCCAUUCUAGAUACAGAAUCUGUGUUAAAAGUGGCUAUUUUGCAUUGCACAGUAUACUGAAUUUACGGUUUAGAGUUUAUCUAGAGAUUCAUCACCUGACGAUCAUACAGAUAUUUACAAUAUCUUGUUUCAAGUAAAAAGUGCUCAUAACAAUGUUGUGUGCAAUAUUACUACUGUAUGUGUUGGAAUAAUUAAUUGUUUAUGGUAGAACUUUAUAAAUCCAGAAUCCCCCUAAAACAACGAUGACUUUCUUAAACUGAUCACUGUGAAUUUUUUUUUGCAGUGCCCAAUUUUUGCAACUUUGCUAAAAUUAUCUUAUUUUUGGGGGACCUGCAUUUGCAGAUAUAGGGUCUUACGGCCAUCGUACAAAGUGCUACUGUAAGGAUUACUGGAUCAAUCAGCUAUGGAAAUUGUUUGGAUAUAUUUUUUGCAAAAAAUGAUUACUGCGCGAUUGUGAAUAGUACACCCAGUGGAAAAAAACCCCAAAACCCCCACCAUUAUGCUAUUGAGGUGCUUUUAAGGAUUGCUGCAAUAUGUAUCACUUUCCAAUAGAGCUCCACUCAUAGAAACUGUUAAAAUAUCUAUCAUAGAGUGGUAAUUUCAAAGGUAAACGUGGAUCCAUACAUUGAUAACACCGAUGUAAACUUUAUGAUGCUAGUUUAUGUGUGUAGCAUGAGAGCGAAGCAUUAACAGAAAAUUACUUAAUGUUUUUAUUGUAUAAGGUAUUACAUACAACCUUAAUCCUCUAUUGUUUUUCAUUUGAUAAAAUUUAAAUUUGAAAGAAAUCUGGCAACCUACUGGUAGGUAGUUUUGAAUGACAACGAUCUACUCUACUUUGGGUAUGUAAUUUUGCCUGUUGGAGUUUUUAUUAACGAGUAACAAAAUACAUUUCUUUAUUGUCCGAUCCAACUUUUCAUGAUUAAUAACACGUGUUAAAGAACCUUGCAGGUAAUCGGUGUUUAAGUUAUAGAAUAUGAUUUUUAUAUCUGGUUUGAACAUUACUAUUUCAAUGAAAUAUCCACAUCAUAAGUGCUGAUAAAUGAUAAUUAUUAAAAAUGAUAAGUCCAUUG